ACAACCAAAAGUGAAAUGUCCACCACAUUUACGAUCAAUGGAGAACCCUAUACGGUGAAUCUCAGCAAUCUCCCACCGGACAUCACUCUGAACACCUUCAUACGGGAGCAUGCCCAGCUGACGGCCACGAAGUUCAUGUGCCUGGAGGGCGGCUGUGGAGCCUGUGUGUGCGUUGUGCGCGAUGCCAACGGACCCAGAGCCAUCAAUUCGUGCCUCAAACUACUGAAUACCUGCGCCCAGCUGGAGAUCGUUACAUGCGAGGGUUUGGGGAGUCUGCGCAGCGGCUACCAUCCGAUACAGAAGCGUCUGGCCAAGAUGAAUGGAACCCAGUGCGGCUACUGCUCCCCGGGAUUCGUGAUGAACAUGUACGGGCUGCUGGAGCAGCACCAGGGCCAGGUGAGCAUGGCCCAAGUGGAGAACUCCUUCGGAGGCAACAUCUGCCGCUGCACCGGCUACCGCCCCAUUCUGGAUGCCAUGAAGUCCUUUGCGGUGGACAGCGACAUCGCGGUGCCCGCGGAGUGUGCGGACAUCGAGGAUCUGAACCUGGAGGCGCGCAACUGUCCCAGGACGGGGGAGCCCUGCAGCGGCAGCUGCCACCGUUCCACUUUGCUCUACGAGGACGGCAGCCAGUGGCACUGGCCCAAGACCCUGACGGAGCUGUUCGAGGCGCUGGACAAGAUCGGAGAGGCAGACCAAUUCAUGCUGGUGGCUGGCAACACGGCGCACGGUGUCUACAGGCGAUCGACGGACAUAAAGCACUUCGUUGAUGUGGCUGGGGUGGAGGAGCUGCAUGGGCACAGCACUGAGGGGCAGCAGCUGAAGCUGGGAGCGAACCUCAGUCUGACCCAGACCAUGGACAUCCUUCGCACGACGUCCAAGCAGCCGGGCUUCGAGUAUCUGGAGGUGCUGUGGAACCACUUGGACCUCAUUGCGAAUGUCCCCGUGCGGAAUUCGGGAACUUUGGCUGGAAACAUUUCGAUCAAGAAACAACAUCCCGAGUUCCCCUCGGAUGUCUUUCUCUCCCUUGAGGCUUUGGAUGCCAAGGUUCUGGCCAUGAAGAGCGCCACCGAAGAGCAGACCCUCUCCCUGGGGGAUUACUUGAGUGAUUCGAACAGGAAACUGGUCAUCAAGGCGUUCCUCCUGCCCGCCUAUCCCAAGGAUAAGUUUAUAUACGACUCCUACAAGAUCAUGCCCCGUGCCCAGAAUGCCCACGCCUAUGUCAAUGCUGCUUUUCUGCUCGAGUUGGACAGCGGUGCGAAGGUGAAGAGUGCCAGGAUUUGCUUUGGCGGCAUUCGACCCGACUUCGUGCACGCCACUGCCAUCGAGCAGCUGAUGGUGGGCCACAGUCCCUACGAGAGUGGACUCAUAGAGCAGACCUUCGACACGCUUCCCAGCCAGUUCAAUCCGGACGAGGUGCUGCCCGACGCCAGUCCCGCCUACCGCUCCAAAUUGGCUUGCGGAUUGCUCUACAAGUUUCUGCUGAAGCAUGCCCCGAACGCGGAGGUCGCGGAUAGCUUCAAGAGCGGCGGUCAGAUCCUUGAGCGUCCAUUAUCGUCGGGUGUGCAGGUGUACGAGACCCAGAAGCAGAACUAUCCCGUAACACAGGCCGUGCAGAAGGUGGAGGGCAUGAUCCAGUGCUCGGGGGAAGCGACCUACAUGAACGAUGUGCUGACCGCGUCCAACACCGUGUACUGCGCCUUCGUGGGCGCGACCAAGGUGGGAGCCACCAUCGAUGCCAUUGAUGCCAAAGAGGCGCUGCAGCAGCCUGGGGUGAUUGCCUUCUACAGUGCCAAGGAUAUACCGGGAACAAACACCUUCUGCGAGCCCAGCUUUGGCUACCAGGCGGAGGAGAUCUUCUGCUCCGGCGUGGUGCGGCACUCGGAACAACCUGCGGGAGUGGUCGUGGCCCUCACUGCCGAUCAGGCACAGCGGGCAGCAAAGCUGGUGAAGAUCAGCUACAGUCAUGCCAGCUGCGACUUCAAAUUGCUGGCUACUCUGAAGGAUGUCUUGGCCUCUGCCACUCCGGAUCCUUCGCGCAUCAUUGCAGUGGCCAAAUCGAAGCUGAAAGACGUCACAUUCUCCGAUAAGCCUGAUAUGGAGGUAAGGGGCAUCUUCGACAUGGGCCUGCAGUAUCACUUCACCAUGGAGCCACAAACGACGGUGGUCAUUCCCUUUGAGGACGGCCUGAAGGUCUUCUCGGCUACGCAGUGGAUGGACCACACGCAGGCUGUCAUCGCACACAUGCUGCAGCUGAAGGCCAAGGAUGUGCAGCUACAGGUGCGUCGUUUGGGCGGUGGCUAUGGCUCGAAAAUCUCCCGCGGCAACCAGGUGGCCUGCGCCGCCUCUCUGGCUGCCCAUAAGCUGAAUCGUCCUGUGCGCUUUGUGCAGUCUCUGGAGUCGAUGAUGGACUGCAAUGGCAAGCGCUGGGCCUGUCGCUCUGAAUAUGAGUGCCACGUGAAGGCCAGUGGCAAAAUCGUGGGCCUAUCGAAUGACUUCUACGAGGAUGCUGGCUGGAAUACCAACGAGAGUCCCGUGGAGGGGCACUCCACCUAUACGGCGGGCAAUUGCUACGAGUUCACGGACAAAAACUUUAAGCUCAGUGGCCAUGAGGUGCUCACAGAUGCCCCCAGCUCCACUUGGUGUCGUGCCCCAGGCUCCGUUGAGGGCCUGGCCAUGAUGGAGAACAUCAUUGAGCAUGUGGCCUUUGAGCUGCAGCGCGAUCCGGCAGACGUGCGCCUGGCCAACAUCAGUGGCAAGACGAAGAUGGCUGCCCUGCUGCCAGAGUUCCUCAAGUCGCGGGAGUACUUUGCCAGGAGAAAGGAGAUCGAUAUGCACAAUGCCAAUAAUCGCUGGACCAAACGAGGUCUCGGCCUUGCCGUAAUGAACUUUCCCGUCAUCUACAUUGGACAGUUCCCGGCCACGGUGGCCAUCUACCAUGUGGAUGGAACUGUUGUGGUCACCCACGGCGGCAUUGAAAUGGGCCAAGGCAUGAACACAAAGAUCGCCCAAGUGGCUGCCUAUACCUUGGGCAUAGAUUUGAGCUACAUCAAAGUGGAGUCCUCUGACACCAUCAAUGGAGCCAACUCCAUGGUGACGGGCUAUGCUAUUGGCAGUGAGAGUGUCUGCUAUGCCGUGCGCAAGAUCUGCGAGACCCUCAACGGCCGGCUGAAGCCCGUGCGGAAGAGCAAGGCCAGCUGGGUGGAGACCGUUGAGGCCGCCAAUGCCGCUCUCAUCAAUCUGAUUGCCUCCGAUCACUACAAGACGGGCGAUAUGCAGAACUAUCAUGUGCUGGGACUGGCCCUAACCGAAGUGGAGAUGGAUGUGCUUACUGGCAACAUUGUGAUACGCCGCGUCGAUAUUCUCGAGGAUGCUGGCGAGAGUCUCAGCCCCAAUAUCGAUGUCGGGCAGGUGGAGGGCGCCUUUGUCAUGGGCCUGGGCUACUGGCUCAGCGAACUGCUCAUCUACGAGGGCGACAAUGGCCGGCUGCUGACCAAUCGCACCUGGAACUACCACCCACUGGGGGCCAAGGAUAUUCCCAUUGAUUUCCGCGUUGAGCUGGUGCACAAUCCCAAACCAAAUGGGGCUGGUUUUAUGGGUUCCAAGGCCACUGGAGAGCCGCCCUGUUGCCUGGCUGUGAGUGUGAUAUUUGCCCUGCAGCAGGCGAUGCAGUCCGCUCGACAGGAUGCGGGCCUGCCACGGGAGUGGCUGCGACUAGGAGCGCCGACAACUCCCGAGACUCUGCUGCUCAAUGCGGGGCACCAAGCUACGGAUUUUAAGCUCAAAUAGGUACUGUAUGGAUUU